AUGGCCUCCGGUGCGGGGGAGGUCCGACCCUGCCCCAAGUCCCGGUUCAACUAUGAUAUUCCCGAUCUCAAGAUCCAUAUCUUUGAUCUGGGACAUAAGAAGGCCAACAUCGAUGACUUCCCUCUUUGUAUUUAUCUCGUCUCCAACAAGUACGAGCAGCUGUCCUCCGACUCGAGGCCUUCGAAGCCGCCCAUAUCUUACCUCGUGAAGAUCGCCGGUAAGGAAGGUUUCCACCUUUAUGUCUAUGUACACCCCUUUUAUAUCAUCUGUAUUAACAAGAUAUUGUCUUGCGCUGUACUGAUCAUCUCCAGACCGAUCAUUCUAUCCGUCCGCACCCGUGACGCCAACCGUGAUGCUGUCAUCCAGGCUUUCCGCCGCUCCAUACUUAUACAAGUUCCCGGUCGCCAAGAAAUCAUUCCGUCCGUCCGUCCGUCCGUCUGCACCCGUGACGCCAAGCAUACUGCUGCCAUCGAGGCUCUCCGCCACUCCAUGUACAAGUUCCCCGGUCGCCAAAAGAUCAUUGUCUCCGAGCACUGGGGUCUCCCUCUCGCCCGCCGCGAGGACUACGUCCAGCUCCGCCAGGAGGGCAAGCUCAAGCAGGACAGUGCCCAUGUGUCAAAACCUAGUAUCAUUCAGUAUCACGCCUACUUAGGUGUCUGGACAUCUUUUUAG